AUGGGGAGAAAACUAAGCUUCAUUCUGCUCUUCCUUGUUCAAAUGCUGCUUGUUCUUGUAGAAAACCAUGCUGAGAUUGUUGUGUCCACAGUUGAGGCUCCAGCCCCACAGCCUCACAAGACCACCACCCACUUUGCUUCACCACCUCCUCACAAACCCACCACCCACUUUGCUCCUCCUCCUCCUCCUCCUCAGCCUAACAAAAACACCACCCCCAAUCAUGGCAUCACUGAAGGCAGUCUUAAACCACAAGAAUGUGGUCCACGUUGCACAGCUAGAUGUUCAAAUACGCAGUACAAGAAACCGUGCCUGUUUUUCUGCCAAAAGUGCUGUGCCAAGUGCUUGUGUGUGCCUCCUGGAACUUAUGGCAACAAGCAGGUUUGCCCAUGCUACAACAACUGGAAGACCAAAAGAGGAGGACCCAAAUGCCCCUGA